AUGGAAGAAACAAAUUGGGAGCAAAGAUUACAUGCCUUAACUCAUCUUCUAACAGACCCAACAAUCAAACCUUCUCUUCAUUCUCAAUUAUUUAUAUCCAAUCAAGUCCCUUGUUAUCUGAACUGGGAUUAUCCACCAUUCCUCUGCAACACAGAAGAUGCAAACAGCUUUCCAUCUCUACAUCUCAAAUGGGGUUUCACUCUCUUCUUAAAAAGGGUCUUAAGAUUGGGUCCUCCAUUAACUUCUUGGCGUUCACAGUGCCCAUAUCAGCAACCACCACCGCUGAUUCUGGCCAAAGGGUUAGAAGUACCAACUCAACUUGGAGAAGAACAGAGAAGCGAGUAUUUUAAAAAGAGACUUAAAAGAAAACGUUUUGGUAGUUGGAAUAUUAAUCCUUUGAUUCCUGUUUUGGUACCUAAUCUUAUGUUGUUAUCACUUUUGUUUUUGAAACCUUUUUCUGAUGAUGAUCCUUGA